GUCCGUAUCUGUGGCUCAGUGUGGCUCAGGCAGUCGACGGGACGGGAUAUUUCGCGCCCCUGUUCCGUCGCCUGACAAAACUCCCCUUCGGAGUCUUCAACCUAUGUGACGAACGGCAGCAGCGGCAGUGCGUGUUUUUAUCAGCAAGAGCACAAGAUCAAUAGAGACGCCCAAGAACAUCUUGCUUUCAUUUCUUUGAUGAGUUUUGCAGCAAUGUAAACAGUGCGUGCGAAUACUUGGUCAAAAUUGCAUGAACUUUGUGCGAGAGGGAGAGCGAGAGUGAAAGAGAAAGAGAGAGAGAGAGAGAGAGAGAGCGAGAGACGGGACCAGCUAGGAGACACGAAAUCCAAAGAACUUACCCGGCGGAGUCUGUUCGUUGGACGUGACGAUGGAAAACACGUACUGCUGGAGAUCUUGCUGUAACUGGUCAAGGUCUUGUUCAUGGACUAGUGUGAUGAUCAAGUGACUUGCGCGUAACUUCGAGAAAAUUUGCCCAUUUUAGUUCGAGGUUUUGUAGUCCAUAAAUAAAAAAAAUAUAUAUAAAUACUAAUCCCUCCUACAUCCUAUUCUAAAUCAGGAUUUACUUGCAAACUGACUUGAAUAAAGAAAACUGCAAACAUACGGAAAGUAACAGGCGAGACAAACUUAGAAUUAUAAAGCGAAACACUAUAAUCAUUUUAGUAUCACACAGUAUCAAAUCCGUCACCAAGGAGCCUUCAAAAGUUCGCAAAGAAAACUUCAGAAAGACGCCAACAUCGCAUUGCACGUUCAUUGCUCACAUAAACGCAGAUCGAGCUCCCCCAACAAAAUCAAAUAAUACUGUCAUCUCUUUAAGUAUGAAACUUGACGAAGGUCAUAAGAAGGCUGAUUACAACAAAGGAAAGUCUCCUGAAUUGAUAGUUUAAUUUUUAGUCAUCAACGUGUCCUUAAAAUUGGACUAUAAUAGCCCUCAGUAUCUUGCAGCCCAUCCCAGUGUAAACAAUAAAUUGCCAAGAAAGUACUCCCUGCAUUAAUGCUCUACAGGUACCACGAAACUAAAGAAAAUGUAUGUCCUUAAUUAAAAAACAAAAUAACGUAAACAAAAAAUAAACCGAGUCGAAGACCAUCAAACGUUCAAAAGAAAAAAAAAAAAAAAAGUAGAGAAUCGUCAAGAGUCAACGUUCGUCCGGGAAAGUAUGACGCAACGGAGCGUCAGCUGGAGUCAACCUGAGUAGGGAAACACAAACAAAUUCCUUCCCUUUAAUGUCGCCGCCACGAAACAAACGACAAUCGUAACAAAAUCAAGAAAUGGACACCGGCAGCGAUACCUCGAAAUAAGAAAACACAACUCAGACGCCAGUUUCCUCGCAGUACCGAUAGGUUUCGAAAUAAAAUAACAGAAAAGACAAAAAAGAAACGCAGAAACACAAACGCGGAAAAUGUUUUGGAUACUAAAGCGGUCAAAGUUCACGGCCAAUCUGUUCAACAGCGUCAUCAACAAUAACAUUUUGUAUAAAGAUCCGGCCAGAAACACGAAGAGAGGCUACGACCGUCUCACGACCAACGACGACGACCCCAAUGGAAACACAAGCCCGAUCCACCUAGCCGCCCCUCCGUCGUCGACGGUCACCACGCCCACGGAAGGGGAGGUCACCACGCCCCUGACGCCCAUGACCCCAUCCACAGACAUGGAGGUCACCUCGACGGGCUCUGCCUCGGUCGUCGAGUCGUCGUCCGAUUACGACCACUGCAUGAGUCAGUCGGAUUCGGACGAUUCCGAUGUGGACGACGAUGACGAUGAAGAUGACGAUGAUGACGACGACGAUGACGAUGAGGAGGAUGACGAUGAGGCCCGGACCUGCAACGUCUGCGACCGAUCAUUCCCAACUACAAGACUUUUAGCUUCACAUCAAACAAGAAAGAGACACUACGGAUGCUCGAUCUGCGAGAACGUCUUCCCGACUCUGAUGUCGCUAGAGGCCCACAAGGAGGAAUCGAAUCACUGGUCCGACGACGACUUGUUUCUAGACGACGACGACGACGACGACCUCGAGGACUACUAUUACGACGACGAGGAGAACGAAGAAGAGAGAGAACAGCUGUUGUAGUCGUUCGUCGAUAGAGUGACUCAAAAAAAAAUAAAUAAUAAAUAAAAAGAGAAACCGUCGUAGAGAAUAGAGUUCACUGAUUUUAAAGGAGAGAGAGAGACAUUUCUUUCGAGUAUUUUGUUAUACUGUGUGUUGAUUUCGAAGAAUUAUUUAUAAUAGAGUAAAUGCUUAGAGAAAAGUAUAUAUAAAUAAAUAAACAUAUAAAUAUAUAUAUAUAUAUAUUAUCAUCAAGACAUUUCUGCAUCACAUCUCUUAUUCCUCACAGACUCUGACUACAACACAUAAUGGCAGGACAAAUAUGGAACACAGACAUUUCGUAACUGUAUUAUAUAACUUCGAAGAGUCUUUUUUUUUCCAGACCUUUCAUACCUUAUACUGUUCAUUAGACUUUAUGGAUAGACAAGAAUAAUAAAUAUUUCCUAUGGAA